AUGGCAUUGGGCUCUCGAGACCCAGAGUCGACAUCAAUGGCAGCUGCAGACCAACUGUCUCUUGAUUACUAUGCCAGGACCUGCCAAAACUUCGAAGCUAUCGUCGACAGGAAGAUUAAGUAUUGGGUCUCCAGGGACUACACUCUUGCUGCAAGCCUAAUCAGGUUGCACUUCCAUGAUUGUGCUGUUAGGGGAUGUGAUGGUUCCAUUCUGCUGAACCAUUGGGGGAGUGAGAGGAGGGCCAAGGCAAGCGAGACACUGAGAGGCUUCGAGGUAAUUGAUGACAUUAAAGCAGAGGUGGAAAAGAAAUGCCCAAAGACCGUCUUCUGUGCUGACAUACUGACUGCUGCUGCUCGCGAUGCCACUGUCAAGAUUGGAGGCCCGUUUUGGGAAAACAAGUAUGGCAGAAAGGAUGGACGGAUGUCCUUGGCGAAGGAAGUUGACCUUGUCCCUGCCGGGCAUGAAAACGUCACCUACCUCAUCGAGUUCUUCCAAUCCAGAGGCUUAAGCCUUCUUGACCUUGUGGUCCUUUCAGGAUCUCACACAAUAGGGCGAUGCACUUGCGAUGCGAUUCAGCAGAGGCUCUACAACUUUAAUGGCACUGGCAAACCUGACCCCUCCAUUGAUGCUCGAUACCUUAAUUUCCUGAGGAGGAAAUGCCAAUGGGCUACUGAAGUCGUUGAGCUCGAUGCCACCACCCCGACCACAUUCGAUUCCAUGUACUAUAAGAAUCUUGAGAAGAAGAUGGGACUGCUGUUGACUGACCAGUUGCUCUACUCUGACUCCAGGACUUCACCAGUUGUCAAAGCACUAGCUACACAGCCAAUGCUCUUCCACCAGCAGUUUGCAUUGUCCAUGGUAAAUCUUGCAAACAGCCCAGUCCUCACAGGGAAUGAGGGAGAGAUGAGGACCAACUGCAAUUUUGUGAAUCCAUGA